AUGGGAGGUAAGGUAUUGAUGACCGUUUCUACACCAUGUAAUGCAAAGGGUAGGGUUUCAGGGUAUCGAAUAGUUCAAUAUAGCGAUCGCCGAUUAUCCAUACUACCACGUGAAAUGAAUACCAACAAUUCCAAGACAGAUAUCGACACUAAUGUGCAGGCGUUCUGUUAUCUGACGCCAAAGGAUGGAGUGAUUGCAGCCGCUGCUGGUGAUGAAAUUAUGGAUACCUCUGACUACAUGAUAUUAGCUAAGUCAAAUGGAUUCAUCGAAAUUAUAAAGGAUUAUCAUUAUAAGGUAGAGAAAAAUAUGGCAUUGAAUCCAUCUUACAUCUUGAAAUGCACCCCUGAAGACUUCAGUAAUAUAGGUUCUGAUUUUAUGUUUGCAGGCAUUCAAUACAAAGAUGGAUUUUUAUACUGUUGUUUGUGCUCAGGAAGAAUUUUUAUCUUCUUACUAAACUUACCAAGUGGUUACAUUCAAGCGGAUAACUCAUUUGUCAAGCUGCUGGGCUCACCAGAUAUACUUAAUCUUUACUCGGAUAUUACCAGCGGAUUAACAAGAGGUGUUGAGUCGCCUGAAGAAACAAACCUUUUUUUCGAAAUGCGAUUUACGGGGAGGUCUAAAUUGAGACACAUCUGCUACUAUUUGUUGCCAAUGGAACCAGAACAUCUGAGGACAUGUCCGUCAUUGUUUCUUAACAAUGCGUAUAAAAAUAACAUCAUCUAUAAGCCAUCCAUAUACGUUUCAUUGGACGAAGACAUAUCUGAUUUUCGGAUAAAUCCAUUCGAUCGACUUAGUUUCUUUACUAUCUCACCGGGGUCACCGCUAAUAAUCAGAAAGGUUAUGCUUCCAAUGGCAUACGUGAAUUUUUUCGCCAAGUUUAUCACCAUCAAGAGAAGGAUUUUAGAAAGAAAUCAUGGUGAAGUGAAUUCUUGGAAUCAGGUUGCCAAAAGUUUUGACUAUGACUCGUUUCGCGCUUAUCUUACUGAUGACACUCAAGAUAAUAUUCAGUUCGACUCUACCACAUUUGAUCAGAUAGCGACGUUCGACAAUAUCUCUCUGUUGAGGACCAUCAUUGUUUGGAUUCAGAGAACCGAUCACUCAAAGGACGAUAUAUCCAGAUUAUUUGGUCAAGCAGAGACUACACAUAAUCGAAGGCACCAAAUUUUAGGUCGGUCUCCAAGCUUUAGAAGAACCUCAAGGUACACUUUACAGACCGUCGGUCUUCGCGAGACCGUUGACCUUCCUUCUUCUGAUGACUGGGAAAUAGCACCACUUAUAAGAGAGAUAAGAAGGAACACGUUUACCGUGGAUUUCAACAUUGUACAGCUGAAACCCUUAUCUCAUACUAACGACGAACGAAGUGCAUCUCGCGAGGAAGACAAUACAAGGACGUCUUUUUUAACUGAUAAUUACAAAAACAUGGAUAUCAUCUGCAUUGAUCGCUAUCUAUCCCUUUCAAUUUUUAGACCGGCAAAUCUUGAUGUUGCUCUCACGAGAAUAGAAAGUUUUCAUGAUUAUGAAACGUCAAGUUACAGCUCAAGUGCGAUAUUUGAGGAAGAGAGAGAAUUCAAAAUAGCGUUAAAUGGAUUGACCUCUUUCAAAAAGUUAUUUACAAUAACUGAUUCUCUCUUUAUGAUUUUAGACACAAACGGUGUAGUGCUACUGGAUAGACAGCAUCUUUCUGACUCUAAAAAUCUUGCAAAGAAUCCUAAGUGCGCCGUGCGAGUAGCACCUUUCAGUAUCGGUCUCAUAAGUGAUGGGAUCAUGAUCGUCCGAAAGCUCGAAAAUUCCUCGCUGAAUGAUGGUUAUAAUGUGGUGUUCGAUCUAAUCGUUACAUGCAUACCAGGAGAAAUAUUAGCAUUUGAGGGGAGAUUUACAUCGAAUUCAAAAAUUGGUAGUCUGACGCUGUGUGAUUCCCUGAGAUUGAGAAAAAAAAAUAAAUUCGUUGAUAAGCUCUGUCUAUUGAGUUAUGAGCCAUCAAUAGACGAGAGAAAACGAUUGCAUGACAUGAAUGAAGCGCAUCCUUCGGUGCCAAAGAGGAGGAAAUGGAAUCUCCAGAUUGAAUGA